CUUGCGCGGAGGAGUGUGCACUACGUCACCGGAUCCUGAGUAUGGCCGCCAUUGGAUUAAUAAACGUCUGAGGAAUCCGUCCGAAGGAGCUGGUUUCAAAGAAGGGGGAGGGGGGCGGGGGAGAGCGCGCGAGAGAGAGAGAGAGAAAAAGAAAAGAGAGAGAAAAAAGCCUCGAGAUUCUCGGCCUUUGCAAACCGACUCGUCUCCUCAGUCAAGAACCUAACGUAACCCCCUCCCCCCCCCCUCCCAUCCUCCUCCUCCCUCGCCCCGGACCCCUCCACACACACAUAAACCUCCCCCCCCCCUCUCUCUCUCUCUCCCUCCUCCUCCUCCUCCUCCUCUCCCCUCUCCUUCACACACACACACACAACCCCCACCCCCGGGACACGCGGACUGUGACUGACUGUGAGGCGAAGUGGGUUUUGGGAAGAGGCCAUUGAUGAAUGAUGUCUGCGACAAGCGUUGACCCCCAGAGACCAAAGGGACAGGAGAAUAAAGUGCAAAAUGGUUCAUUGCAUCCAAAGGACACGGUUCAUGACAACGAUUUUGAGCCAUACCUAAGUAGCCAGUCUAAUCAGGUAUUAUUUGAUUAUGGGCCCGGUUACGGUAGAUCUGGAAAGAACAACAGCUAUCCUUCAAUGACUGACCCAUAUCUGUCAAGUUAUUAUGCCCCGUCCAUUGGAUUUUCAUAUUCUCUUAGUGAAGCAGCGCCCUGGUCCACCGGUGGAGACCCUCCGAUUCCAUAUUUAACGACCUAUGGACAGCUGAGCAAUGGAGAUCAUCAUUUCAUGCACGAUGCUGUAUUUGGCCAGCCUGGGGGAUUGGGUAAUACCCCUUAUUUGAACCAACAUAGAUUCAACUUUUUUCCUGAAAACCCAAGCUUCUCUGCUUGGGGAACAAGCGGAUCUCAGGGACAGCAAACACAGAGCUCAGCAUAUGGCAGUAGCUAUAGUUACCCACCUAGUUCUUUGGGUGGAACAAUUGUAGAUGGACAGGCAGGAUUUCCCAAUGAUACUUUGAAUAAGGCACCAGGCAUGAAUAGCAUUGAACAGGGCAUGGUUGGACUAAAGAUUGGUGGAAGUGUGACAUCCUCUGGCGUGAAGACUGUAGGAUCUGUUGUAAACAGUCCAGGGAUGACCAACACCGCACCUGGGGAUGGUGGCUCAACAGUUGGUGUAUCAGCUCCCAAGCCAACAUCCUGGGCUGCCAUUGCGAGUAAACCAGCUAAGCCUCAACCAAAACUAAAACCAAAGACUGGAGCAGCAGUAGGAGGUUCCACAUUACCUCCACCCCCUAUAAAACACAAUAUGGACAUUGGUACCUGGGACAACAAAGGACCUGUGCCUAAAGCUGCUCCCGCGCAGCAGGCCCCGAAUACUCAGGCAGUUCCUCAGCAGCAGGUAACCCAGCCCCCUCCAGUUCAGCAACUGCAACUGGCACAGCAACCGUAUCCCAAUCCUCAGCAACCACCGCAAAACCGCUGGGUAGCCCCUCGCAAUAGAGGUGCAGCAUUCGGUCAGAAUAGUGGAACUGGUAAUGAAAACAACACAGCAGGUAACGCACCCAUUAGCUCUCCACCGAGCAACGAAACUCAUCCCGUCCUCGAGAAACUGAAGGCUGCCUACAGCUACAACCCAAAAGACUUUGACUGGAAUCUUAAAAAUGGCCGGGUGUUUAUCAUCAAGAGCUAUUCUGAGGAUGACAUCCAUCGCUCCAUCAAGUACUCCAUCUGGUGCAGCACCGAGCACGGCAACAAACGCUUGGACAGUGCUUAUCGAUCGAUGGCUGGGAAAGGUCCGGUUUACUUGUUGUUCAGUGUAAAUGGCAGUGGACAUUUUUGUGGAGUGGCAGAAAUGAAAUCGGCAGUGGACUACGGUACAUGUGCCGGAGUUUGGUCACAGGACAAGUGGAAGGGCAAAUUUGACGUAAAGUGGAUCUUUGUAAAGGACGUGCCCAAUAACCAACUGAGGCACAUUCGUUUGGAAAACAAUGAUAACAAACCAGUCACUAACUCUCGGGACACGCAGGAGGUUCCUUUAGAGAAAGCCAAGCAAGUGCUCAAAAUUAUUGCUACUUACAAGCAUACCACCUCAAUUUUUGAUGACUUUUCACAUUAUGAAAAGCGUCAGGAAGAGGAGGAAGUUGUGCGUAAGGACAAAGUUUCUCUGCCAGUGGCUACUCAUUAUUUACAAGGAGCGCCUGAAUCGAAACAAAUGAUAAGAAAACAUUUGACUUGAUGAACUAACAAAACUGAUAACCUGAUGUUGUGAUCCAGCAUCAGAACAAAAAAAAUCAAAGCUUUCUGCUCCAGUGAUAUCUUUAUGUGCAGGGGAAUUAAGCUACAUCACGUUUUUAAUACAUUUCUUUUUUUCUCCUUUUUUUGCCCAGACUGGUCUGCAUUUUGUUUGUAAUUUUGCACCUAAAUGCUGUAGCAGUCACUGGUAACUUCUGUUACACUGAAGCUUUAGCCUGCAUUUGUUUAGCAAUCCUGAGAAGAUGAGCUCUUCGUGCUCCUUUUAUGGGAAAUAUUACUGCAUCAGCCUUAUGUAGUUUUGGAUGAUGUGAUGCUUUCAACGUUACUAGUUUUUGGUGAUAUGUGUGUUAACUUUGAGCUUUCUGGUGUUCUUUUUGAGUCGCUGUUAAUUUACAUUCUUUCAUGAAAAUCCCAAGGCCAUUUUUUUCCUUCUGUAAAGCUGAGCUUUAAUGUAGGGGCAAAUAGUGGAAACGAUGGUUCAUGUCUCAAAUAUAAAAAUUGAUGCAAACGUCUCUUGAUUCUUCUGGGAUGAAAUAUUUUGAUUGUUUUUUCUGUCUGAAAGCUGUACUUUGCUGUACUGUAUGUUCUGUGGAAUGAGGGAACCAUUGAAAUUGCUACCGACUGGAUAAAGCAUGAAACGGUGCUCAUGCCUGUUGCUUUAGUACACAGAAACUUGCACGUGUUUAUUGUAGAGGAACUUUACUAUCGUUAGAAAGCAAACAAUUAACUCUUCUGAACCUAGUUACAAAAAUGGACCUCAACUUUAAAAAAAUAAACUAUCAUUUAGACUUAUAUUUAGACAAUUUUAGUUAUGUCUAUGAAAUAUUGCCUGUAAGGUAAAUGAACAUCAUUGGGUUGAUUUUCUUUCCUCUAGGAGAAUACAAGCCUUAAUAAACAAUAUCUAUUUAGCAAGCACAA